GCCAGAUCGAUCUUCAACGGACAUCAUCGCUUCCUCUUGUCUUGACUUUCCACUAUAUCACACAUCAAAAAUGACAGUGGACCUCAUCACAAUCUUAGGUGAACUAAGCUUCGCUGAACAGAUCAAUGAGAUCGGUCAGUUUGCAGGUCAAAAGAAAGGAGCAGAAGCACAUGCUGCUCUCAUUAAGAAAGCCGAAGCAGCACAAGAUGAAGCUUCUCGUAAAGCAAUCGUGAAGGAAAUCGUUUCUGAAAUUCAAGGCGUACCAGCAGAAGCAAAUGAUCGUGAAGUAGAAGGAAUUUUCAACCUACUUGGAAAUGUAAUCAUAAACAACUUUUCCGAUGAUCAGCAAUCCGCCAAGCCACUCUUUGAGCAACUGCUCAAGGUUUUGACAGCACCCGAAUCGAUGGCCGGUGCGAACAUCGGUCAAGCAAGCGAUAAAGCUCUCGUACGAUACCGCAUCUUAUCCAACCUGUACAACGCCCUACCAAACAGAUCAGCAAAUCGAUUCAUUGUCUUUAGCUCUCUGUUGCAGUUUGCAAACGCAAAUGACGACCUCGACAUCAUUGCAGACGCUUUGACAGCUUUACCAAACUGGCUCGCAGAAUGGGAUGUAUCACCAACCGAAAAGGCAGACUUAUUGUCAAAAGUUGCACAGAACUUCGAAGCAGCCGGACAACCAAAGCAGGCGUACGAAUUCCUUUUGCUACAUGUCAGAUUCUUGGGAACUUCAACACUUUCAGGAGAGGGAUCUUCAGCCGCUGCUACUAAACAAGCUGCUGAAAAAACAAUCUCUGCUGCCUUGAGCUUGCCUAGCGUUUUUGAAUUUGAAGAAUUAGCACAGAUUGAAGCCGUUCAAAAGUUACAAUCUGAGCCGAUCGGCAAAUUGCUCAACGUCUUCUUACAAGGUAACACAAAAGAUUUCAUCCAAUGGCGUGAUGCAAAUGCAGCUGAAGUGACAAGAUUGAAGCUAUCUGCUGCUCAACUGGAAAGAAAGAUUCAAUUGUUGGAUUUGGCAAACCUAUGUUCACGAUCGAUUUCCAGCACAGUAUCCUACAGCGAAAUUGCAAAGACUUUGAAUGUCGACUUGGAGGAAGUUGAAGUUUGGGUUAUCGAUGUUAUCCGUGCUGGUUUGGUAUCCGGAAAACUUUCACAAAUCAAUCAAUCAUUACGUGUAUACAAAAGUGUUUACCGUUCUUUCGGUACAGAACAAUGGCGUUUAUUGGAAACAAGAUUAUCAACAUGGGAAAAGAGUAUCGCAAGCAUUUUACAAACUUUGGCAGAAGCAAGACAAUCAGGUCAUACAGUUCCAAGAGAGAUCGGUGUACCCGGUGCUGAUGCCGCGACUGCCAAGCAGCAACAAAAUCAAAUUACUGCUUAAACCCAUGAUUGUAUCUUGGGUCAACUUUGUACUUUAUAGCUUUCCCUCCCUCUCUCACACUAGCCCUCAAGCAGUCUUGUAUAUGUGGAAAAAUGCAAAUUGCUUUUUGCAAUGGCAAGCAGCCAAAGGGCAGGUAAAAAUACAUGAAAUUGACGAAAAUCAUACAAAGUGAAAAAUCUCUAAGUUGCUAAAUCCCCAUCAUCACCUCUUUCGG